AUGGACGGACGGCUGCCAACAACAAUUCAGGAGGCGGAAGCUCUUGUUCUCGCUCUUUAUGAGCCAGCACCCCCCGAGGCCAUUGCCCGCAUACAGGAAGUAUUGCACCGUCUGCAGAGAUCACCCUCCGGCUGGUGGAUUGCUCGCGAUCUCUUGAGCCAUAACGACGACAAAGUCAAGUUCUUUGGGGCCCUUACCCUCAUCGUCAAGUUGAAUACCGAGAGGUACACCCCCACUCCCUGA